AAUCAGAGCAAGAUGAGCCAGUACGACACGUAUCAGACAUCUUUGACAGGGCGCUACUGCAGCCCUGCAAUGUCGCAACUUUUCAGCCAGCGUUCACGGCACUCAACGUGGCGUAAAUUAUGGUUCUUCCUUGCUAAGAGUCAGAAAGAGCUUGGAAUCGAGACCAUUACCGCCGAUGCUCUGGCAGAGAUGGAGGCGCAUCUCACAGUGACAGAUGCAGACUUUGACACGGCGCGUAUCGAGGAGAAGAAGCGCAGACAUGACGUCAUGGCUCAUGUUCAUGCCUAUAGUGCCGUUGCCCCUUCUGCCGCCGGCAUUAUCCACUACGGAGCAACAAGCUGCUUUGUGACCGACAACACAGAGUUGAUUCUCAUGCGAGACGCUUUGGAUAUACUGUUGUCUAGAAUUGCCAAGUUGUUGAACAAUUUGAUCAAGUUUGCCAUGAAGUGGAAAGCCGAGCCUACCCUCAGCUGGACCCAUCUCCAAGCUGCUCAGCUCCAAUCUGUAGGCAAGAGGGCUUCUCAAUGGGCUCAAGACCUGAUGUUUGAUCUUGAAAACAUCGAGCAAGUUCGGGAAAACCUCAAGUUUCGGGGUGCACAAGGGACUACUGGAACACAAGCCUCCUUUCUAGAGAUUUUUGGUGGUGACUCCGCCAAGUGCGACGAGCUCAAUAAGCUGCUCUGCCAGAAAGCUGGUUUCAAGGAUUGCUACCCCGUCUCAUCGCAAACCUACUCGCGUAAAAUCGACUUGAUGGUAGCUAAUGCUGUAGCUGGGCUCGGUUCGACUGCUCAAAAGAUUUGCGGUGACAUCCGCCUGCUCGCAAAUUGGAAGGAGAUCGAAGAGCCAUUUGAGACCAGCCAAAUUGGCUCUUCCGCAAUGGCCUAUAAGCGGAACCCGAUGCGCUGUGAAAGAAUUUGCAGUCUUUCGAGAGCUCUUUUGUCCAAGCCUCUCAAUUUUGCCAACACCUUCGCAGACCAAUGGUUAAUGUUCCUCCUCGCCGAUGCUAUCCUCCUUGGCAUGGACAAUGUCACGGACGGACUAGUUGUGUAUCCCCAGCGGAUCCGGAGCCGUGUCCAAGAAGAACUUCCGUUCAUGAUAACCGAGAGUAUCAUCAUGAAAUUGGUUGCCAAGGGAGAGUCAAGACAGGAAGCCCACGAGCAAAUCCGUGUUCUCUCCCACGAAGCGGGUUACGCUGUCAAGCAUGAGGGUAAACCAAAUGACCUCGUUUCACGGAUCAAGAACACCGAGUUCUUCAAGCCUGUUUGGGACGAGCUCGAUGAUAUGCUGCGAGCCGAGCUCUACAUGGGCCGCAGCGUUGAGAUUGUCGAGAGGUUCUGUGGUGGCGGAGGUAUUGUAGAGGAGAAGCUCAAACGCUACAAAAGCUCUGUUGAGAACCUAGCCACGGCUCAGCUUGCGGUUUAGAAUAAGGAUCCAGAUACAGGCAGGGGCGACGUAGAGCACAUGACCUGGACCUAGGUAGAGGGAGGAGUCGACGGUCGACAGGUAGAGACUAUCGAUGAGCCACUACGGCAUUUCUGCUAUUGGCCGGGGCGUCUAUUGGAGGCCUCAUAAGAGAAACAUUGCCGUGAAAUGCUCUGCUGCUGCCUGAGAAGCAUCGCACCACUGUGAGGCUGCCCGACCAGUGGGUACGCCUUCCCCCUCCAACCGUUCACACUGUGAGAUGCUGUGA